AGCUCCUCCGCUCACCGUCUUUCCUUGAGCUUGUCCUGUAAUUGUUCUGGUUGCUUUCUGGCGAAGACUGUCUACUGAGAAGCUCAGCGGCCACCUAGAAUAUCCUGCUUAUUUCCGAAUGCUCAGGUCGAUCCUUACGUCGACCACACGCAAGUGCCUACGCCCUACACAUAUACGAACUCUGCGAACACGCAUGGAGCCGAAAUCUUUGGACUGGCAAGCCGGCCCGCUUGUGUGGAUUGACUGUGAGAUGACGGGACUGGACCCGAGGACAGACAGAAUAAUCGAGAUAGCUGUUCUGAUCACAAACGGGAACCUCGAAGUCAUGGACGAGGGGGUCUCUUACAUUAUCCGAACGGAUAAAGAGGUGCUCGACAAGAUGGGUGACUGGUGUCAAGACACACACGGCGCGAGUGGCCUGACCGAAGCUUGUCUCGACUCGCCGUAUACGAAGGACUUCGUAGAGCAGCAAGUGCUCAACUACAUCAAGCGAUGGAUACCAAAGGACCGAACUGGCGUACUCGCAGGCAACUCGGUACACAUGGACAGAGCUUUCUUGGUUGGUGAGAUGCCCAGCAUCGUGGACUGGCUUCACUACCGGAUAGUUGAUGUGUCGUCAAUAAAAGAAAUUGCACGUCGUUGGUACCGCACAUCAUCGCCUUCCACCCCUUAUCAGGAACCUGCCCACAGGGCUCUAGACGACAUUAAAGGGUCGAUACGAGAACUUCAGUGGUACCGGAAGAAUCUCUUCCUCCCGCCAAAUUUGGCACCGCCGGUUGAGUUGGGUCGUCGGUACUGAACCCCUCUUAUGCACGUUGCCUCCGAUGUCGCCGCGAAGUGUAUAUCGAUCCACGCGCAGACGACCACCCUCCCAUGUACGUGCGACGAAGAUCACACUCGCAACAGUCUUAUGUGCGUUUUCUCAGUAGAUUACAUGUUGACAUCCCGCAGGAAAGCCGUACAACCGCC